GCUUCUCUGCAGGCUUUGCUCCAACACCUUUCACAAUCAGAGCUGUAUCCUCACCCCUCACCCAUCUCUCAGGAUCUACAAGGGUUCCAUGAGAAAGAAGGAGAACCUUACUGUUCAGAUGAUUAUUUUCGCCUGUUUGGAGCAGUUUGUGCCGGAUGUGCUGAACCAGUGAAGGAAAGUUACAUCACGGCGCUUAAUGGAUUAUGGCAUCCGCAGUGUUUUGUGUGUCAUGUUUGUCGCACCCCAUUCCUCAGUGGAAGUUUCUUUGAGAAUGAUGGCCUACCUCUGUGUGAGACUCAUUACCACUCGUCUCGUGGAUCAUUGUGUGCCGGAUGUGAUCAGCCAAUCACAGGCCGAUGUGUGACCGCAAUGGGAAGAAAGUUCCACCCUCAGCACCUGAGCUGCACAUUUUGCUUGCGGCAACUCAAUAAAGGCACUUUCCGAGAGCAAGAUGGCAAACCAUACUGCCAAGCAUGCUUUGCCCGUCUGUAUGGCUAGGGAGUCCAUGGAGCCUGGAAAAGUCUUGGCACACUUGUGGACUGUUUGGAAUAUGCUGCAGUCAUGUAGGUGAUGGAUGGGAGCAGGGCCUUUUCUCACAUGUACAAUGUGCUCCUCAAGGCUUAGUCAAACGUUGCUCCAGUUCCAUGCCUAGCAUGAAUAUUUCCAUGCUUGCUGCCUUUCCUUACCUCACCCGUUUCUAGAUGAAGGGGCAUAUUUAUAGAAAGAAGGUCC